GUCUAUUGUGAACUGGCCAUAUGAGUUAUAUCGAAUUGGCCUGCCGGCAGCCAACCAAAAUAAAAGAAAAUGUGGCCACUAAAAAUGAAAAACGAAUUAACUAAUUGUUUUACAUUUCAUGCAUAAAAUAUGGAACAGAACGCCUCAGUAUACGGUUACUUUCUUAAUAUGCAUACGGCAAUCUAAGUGCGUGCAAAAUUUGGAAUGUUAGUGAAAGCUUCAAGGAAAUUUAUACCAAAAUAAUCUAAUCAUUAGCUACUAAUGAGUAAGCUGCAUUAAAUGCAGUAAGCAUGGGUCAGUCGGCAGGUAAAAUCGUUCGCCGUUCUCCCUCCUCCUGCCCGGGCCCCAACAAUUUGCCGCCCCUGCAAUUCCAUACGGUGCACGGCGACAAUAUACGCAUCUCCAGGGAUGGAACGCUGGCGCGUCGCUUCGAGAGCUUCUGCCGUGCGAUUACGUUCUCGGCACGUCCGGUGCGUAUCAAUGAACGGAUUUGCGUCAAGUUUGCCGAGAUCUCGAACAACUGGAACGGCGGCAUACGCUUCGGUUUCACCAGCAACGACCCGGCCUCGCUGGAGGGCGCCCUGCCUAAAUAUGCCUGCCCCGAUCUGACCAAUCGCCCGGGCUUCUGGGCCAAGGCACUGCACGAGCAAUACUGCGAGAAGGAUAACAUUUUGUACUAUUAUGUGAACAAUGCCGGCGAUGUCAUCUAUGGCAUCAACAACGAGGAGAAGGGCGUCAUACUAUCUGGGAUUGAUACGCGCGGCCUGCUCUGGACUGUGAUUGACAUUUAUGGCAACUGCACGGGCAUUGAGUUUCUCGAUGCACGCAUUUACAUGUACCAACAGCAGCAGCAGCAGCAGCAACAACUGCAGCAGCAACAGUUGCCCCAGCAACAGUUGCCCCCGCAACAGCAGCAGCAGCCCCAGCAACAGCUCGCGGCGCAUCAUCCUCUGCAGCAAUCGCGUCGUUCGCUGCCCGGCGGCACCGGAGUCGUUGUGGAUCACGAGCUGGAGCGUCAUGUGAUGCCGUCGCUGCAGUCGCUCCAUUUGGCCGGCACGGCUGCCGGUAUUAUUGAGCACGAUCUGGCGAACGGCUUGCCGCCGUUGCGCUACAAUGCCAAUGGACGGCUGAUACCCGUGCCCUUUCACAUCACGAAGGGACGCAAUGUGCGGCUGUCGCACGAUCGCUUUGUCGCCUCACGCACCGAGUCGGACUUCUGCCAGGGCUAUGUGUUCACGGCGCGGCCGAUACGCAUUGGCGAGAAGCUGAUUGUCCAGGUGCUCAAGACGGAGCAGAUGUAUGUGGGCGCCCUGGCCCUGGGGCUGACCUCGUGCAAUCCGGCCUUGCUGCAGCCAAAUGACUUGCCCAACGAUUCGGAUUUCCUGCUCGAUCGUCCCGAAUAUUGGGUCGUUAGCAAGGACAUUGCUGCGGCGCCGCAGCGCGGCGAUGAGAUCGCUUUCUUUGUGGCGCCCAACGGCGAGGUGAGCAUCAGCAAGAACAAUGGCCCAGCCGUCGUCGUCAUGCAUGUGGAUCAAUCGCUCCAGCUGUGGGCAUUCUUGGAUGUCUACGGCUCGACCCAAUCGCUGCGCAUGUUCCGCCAGCAGCUGCCCAACAUGGUGGCCUACCCAUCCCAGCCGCAGAUAAACGCCGCUGCUGCAGCUGCAGCUGCUUCGACAACUGCCGCCAGCUCACGCAUGCUGCCCAUGGCCGAGUCGCUGAACAGCCUGAAUGCCGGCCAGAUGCUGGCCGCAUCCAAAAUGCAACUCAACGUUACCCAGUCGAGCAGCACGUUGGCCUCCAACGCCGGCAAUGGCAGCCGCAUGAUCAGCAUGCCCUCCAACGGGGACAUCCUGCAGAUACAGCCAAAUGGUGGCGGCACAGUGCUCGUCGUUAAUCUGCCGCCAGCCAGCAGCUCGCAUGAUCUCAACGGACAGCUGGCCGGGCGGCAGGCGGCAAGCGCCGCGGCCACCGUGACCAGCAGCGGCAUUUUGGCCGGCGCCUGCUCCAGCGGCACUUUGAUUAGCACCACCAGCAGUCAGCAAUAUAUUGAGCCGGUUGCCCAAAGCACCAGCACACUGAACGGCACCAAAUGGAAGGACAGUCUCAGCGACCAGCAGAGCACCGAUUCCAGCGCCGAGUGCACCAUCUGCUAUGAGAAUCCCAUUGAUUCGGUGCUCUACAUGUGCGGGCAUAUGUGCAUGUGCUACGAUUGCGCCAUCGAGCAGUGGCGCGGCGUUGGCGGCGGUCAGUGUCCGCUCUGCCGAGCAGUCAUACGCGAUGUAAUACGCACCUACACCACGUAGGAGGCCAAAGCAGUUAUCCAAAAAACAAAGUACACACAUACGCAAAGAAAACCGUCGUCUAUUAGCACACACACACACACACACACACACACACUUAGCGCAUUUUCUUCGAAAGACGCAGCAAUUUCCUAACUUUGAACUCGCAAUCGAAUUAAGCAAGAAGUAUAAAUUUAAUGUUUAGCAAGAGAUUUGUAACAAGCGCAAAAAAAAAACAAAAAAUAUGUCAACACAAAUUCGUCAAUGAAUUUUUUAAAGCAACUAGUAUUAGCAACUAGUUUUGAUAGCAAAGAAAAAUUAAAAAAAAGCAACAAGAAAUAUAGAACCUGAAAAUUAACUGAUAUUUUUACAGAUAACUGAAAGAAAGACAAACUUCAAAAAAGAAAACUAGUUGUAGAAAAAAAAAGGAACACUGACUUUAUUUAUGCUUAACCUUAGCUCUACUCGUAUGCUUAGUAUAAAUAUUUAAUUUUUUGUGAUUUUAAUGCUAAGUGCUGCGGCGACAAGCCAAAAGAUUUGUUCAAUUUAAUUCAAUUGAUUUAAAUAUAUAUAUUUAAUUUUUUUUUAAGAAUUCAAUUGCGAUGUAUUAGCAUGUUAUAUAAAUAUAUAAAAAACCAAAGUAUUUUUGUAUAGCUCUUAAUUUCGUAAAGUUGACAAAAAGUUGUUGCAAAUUUACGUAGUUUUUCUAUAAUGACAAAAUGUUUAAAAACCUGUGCAAAAGAAUUGAAACACAAAAUCAACUUAAUAUAUUGUAUUUGUUUAUUUGGCGUAUUUUUAAAUCAUUUUGGUGCUAAAUGUUUGGAUUGUAGCAUAAAAUUGUUAGGGUCUGUAUGAAAAAUUUUGUUUAAGCUUGCAGCAACUAUAUAAAAUGCACAAUUAAGAAGUUGAAAAACAAACAAAGUAUAUAUAGAAGAACCAAAACUCUGCCGUCAACUUAAAAUGUUUAAAUGAAAAUGCAUACGCUAAUAAGCUUAAAAAAAAAAAAAAAAAACAAGACA